AUGACAGGCCUCGUCGACGACAAAGGCCGUGAUGAGGACUUCUUUCUCCGAAACGGGCUCCCACCGGAGACGAGAGGACUGUGUUAUGACUACGUCCACACUCGUUAUCCGGGACUGACGGUGCAAGAUGCCCAACCCCAGGGCUUCUGUUCCCAUACACUUUUUGUGGGUGAGGCGCUCGUCGUGCAGUUCCGGCCGCCGACACAUCAGCUCGAUGUCGGCCUUGUCCAAGAAGCUUGCCGGGUGUAUGGUGAUCUGGCGCCCGAGACCCAUCUGCUUGGCGAGCUCCGUGUAGAGGCCUGCUCAUCCUCUCGCGGGGAGGGCUGUCCGAAAGGAGUUAACAGCAACGAGCCAUGCCAUCGAACGGCUGGAAUAGAAGGAAGCUGUGACAAGCUUCUCGUGUACUCGAUGAGUCGGAUACCUGGGGUCUCGCUUGCAGACUUCCGGGAACAACAGGUUGACGAUGUCUUAUCAUGCAAGUCCAAGCUGGGGUCGUACCACAAGCGAGACGUGAUUUCCGACUUCGUCAGACUCUCGCACCGAGCCUUGCAGCAGGCCAUCCCUGGUGACUCGGCCUCCCUGGCCACACGAAAAGGUCGUAUAGGCACGUCUUUACAACGGCGCCUGGAGCACAUGCAGUCAGGGCUGCCAUUGCGCUUCCGUGCUCGCGUAACUGCCGUUUUGUCGAGUCUGGAACGCAUCGAGGCCCUGCCAUGGGUCUUGACGCAUGGCGACUUCACUCCGUCCAAUGUUAUGGUCAAGACCGACAGCACAGAGAGGCAAGGGGCCUCGGAACGUGCCCUUACUGGUGGAUUGCGUAUAAGUGGCCUCAUUGACUGGGCUGAAGUGGAAUACCUGCCGUUUGGUGUCGGGCUGUACGGGCUCGAGGAGCUCCUGGGUGAAUCCGUCGUCGAUGAUGGAGAAGACCAAUCCCGUGGGGGUCGCUAUCCUGCCCCGAAGAGCAUGUUCGAGUACUACGGUGGCCAUCGCGAGCUUCGCCGUACUUUUUGGGAGGAACUCGGGGCGAGGGUGCCUCGGCUCAACACGGACAAGGCCUUCCGCGAAACCGUCGAGCUUGCUCGGGUCCUUGGAAUAUUGCUGUGGCAUGGCAUCGCCUUUGACAACGGGCGGCUCGACAGAGUGGUACAGCCGGGAGUAGAUGACGAGGAGAUUCAACGGUUGGACUUGUUCCUCCUAGGAAGUCCGGCGGCGUCGUGGGGAACGGUCGGACCGCAUCGGCGGCGCUUCCGAUGUUGGGCCACGAUCAAGACCGCAGUUUCAUACAUAAAGGGCCUGUUGUUUGGUAGACUCACAGCUCGAGACUGA